AUUUUUCUUUCUCAUUUCUCUUUCUUUCCCUUUCUCUUGCUCUUUCUCUGAGCUCUAAUCCCAACUGCAGCUCAAAACUCGCAACUCCAGAUCCAUUACAACUUCCCUAUAUACCUGGAAUCGUUCCGUUUUGACUCACCGAGUUACCUCUUCAAGCUCUCUUCUCACUUCUCUUUGCUUAAGGUAAACAAAACUUUCCACACUUUUCUUUCCCCAUUCAAAUCUCUUCAUUAACACCAUCAUUUCCUUGAUUAUCUCACACCCUCUGAUUCGUUACCCCGCUGUUCAUUAAUCCUAGCUCAUGUAAUCUAAAUUCCAUUUUUUCCCUCUCUCUUUCUUGGAUCAUAUUCUGCUGAUUUUGUAAUCUUGGGGUUUUCAAGCUUAUCAUUUCCAACCACAACCCCCCACUUUCCUUUCCUGAUCUGGGUGCUAUUAAAACUUGAACUUUCCCGAUAAAAGUUAGAUCUUUUGUGCAAAUUUAGUGUCUUUGUUUGAUUUCCACUUCUGGAUGUGCGUGCUAAAUCAUAAUCCAAUAGAAAUUGCUGUAUAACUAACAAGAAGGGACAAAAAUGAAAAAAAAAGGGUAGUCUUAAUUUCAGACUUAGGGGUCAUGAGGAGCAUCAAUUGCUAUGUUCCUUUGUUUGUUUGUUUGUUGUUCAUAGGAUUCUUAGCUACUGAGGUAGUCCUAGGACAAAAUUAUAAGCCUGCAGAUAACAUUCUAUUGAGUUGUGGUGGGCCUCCAACUAGUAAAGAUUCUGAUGGAAGGGUAUGGUAUAGUGAUGUUGGUUCCAAGUUUGCAUCAUCCAAGGGAAACACCAGCACCUCGCUGGCGGCAACUCAGGACCCUGCUGUCCCUACUGUGCCAUACAUGAAUGCCAGGGUGUUCCAUUCACCUUAUACAUACUCCUUUCCGGUGGCGUCCGGUUGGAAGUUCCUCCGGCUGUACUUCUACUCGGCGUCCUACAAUGGACUCAAUGCCAGCGACGCGCUGUUCUCGGUGACUUUGCCGUCCUAUACCUUGCUCAGGAACUUCAGUGUGGCACAAACCACACUGGCUCUGAAUUAUGUCUACAUUGUGAAGGAGUACUGCAUCAAUGUUGAUGGGGACACCUUGAAUGUGACUUUUGCUCCAUCGACCAACAAGUCAAACGCUUAUGCGUUUGUUAAUGGGAUUGAGGUUGUGUCCAUGCCUGAUAUAUAUACUGAAACUGAUGGUUCUACCAUGAUGGUGGGUACCAAUUCUCCUAUCACUGUUGACAACAGCACUGCGCUUGAGACUCUCUAUAGGUUGAAUGUGGGUGGAAAUGAUAUCUCGCCUUCCCAAGAUACUGGUCUGUUUAGGUCUUGGUCUGAUGAUGUGCCCUACCUAUUUGGGGCAGCGUUUGGUGUGACCGAGCCUGCUGAUUCGUCGGUCAAGAUUCGGUAUCCUCCAGGCACGCCAAGUUAUAUUGCUCCACUUGAUGUCUACAGUACAGCCAGAUCAAUGGGGCCAACUCCGAAAAUCACCAUUAGAUACAACUUGACUUGGAUUUUUUCUAUUGACUCUGGGUUUUCGUAUCUUGUGAGACUCCAUUUUUGUGAGGGAACAUCAAUUAUAAACAAGAUCAAUCAGAGAGUAUUUGAUAUAUUCCUCAAUAAUCAAACUGCUGAGCCUGCGGCUGAUGUUAUUGCGAUGGCACAAGAAGAAUACGGAACUUCAUAUACAAAUGGAGUUGCAAUUCAUAAAGAUUUCGCUGUUUUUGUUCCCCAUGGAGAGCCACGUCAGGAUCUGUGGCUUUCGUUACAUCCUGAUAAAACUAUGAAGCCCAACUAUUAUGAUGCAAUCCUGAAUGGAGUGGAGAUAUUCAAAAUAAGUGAUGCUAAGGGUAAUCUGGCUGGGACAAAUCCUAUUCCUCCUCCAGUGCAAGAUGACAUUGACCCGGCUAAGGCUAGGAGUCAUCAUGCUAUGUCGAAGAAUCAUACAGGAAUAAUUGCAGGAGGUGUUGCUGGAGGAAUUGUUGUAGCACUUGUCAUUGGACUAUUUGCUUUCAUUGUAUCCCGUCGUCGCAGCCAAGGAAAGGAGCCUAGUUCAAGUGAAGGGCCAUCCGGUUGGCUUCCACUUUCUCUGUACGGCAAUUCGCACUCUGCAGCUUCGGCCAAGACCAACACAACAGGAAGUUAUGCGUCCUCUCUGCCAUCAAACCUUUGUCGUCACUUCUCAUUUGCUGAAAUCAAGGCUGCUACGAACAACUUUGACGAGGCUUUGCUUCUUGGUGUCGGAGGAUUCGGCAAGGUUUACAAAGGUGAAAUCGAUGGUGGUUCAACCAAAGUAGCAAUCAAGCGUGGGAAUCCAUUGUCUGAGCAAGGAGUGCACGAGUUCCAAACCGAGAUUGAAAUGCUCUCUAAACUCCGCCACCGCCACCUUGUCUCGCUGAUUGGUUAUUGUGAAGAAAACACUGAAAUGAUUCUUGUCUAUGAUUACAUGGCCCAUGGAACACUCAGGGAGCAUCUAUACAAGACACAGAAACCUCCAUUGCCAUGGAAGCAAAGGCUUGAGAUAUGCAUUGGAGCUGCUCGGGGUUUACACUAUCUUCACACUGGUGCCAAACACACUAUCAUCCACCGUGAUGUGAAGACAACAAACAUCUUACUUGAUGAGAAGUGGGUGGCCAAGGUCUCCGAUUUCGGCUUGUCAAAAACCGGCCCAACAUUGGAUAACACACACGUAAGCACUGUCGUAAAGGGUAGUUUCGGAUACUUGGAUCCAGAAUACUUCAGGAGGCAGCAGCUCACUGACAAAUCCGAUGUUUACUCGUUUGGGGUGGUUCUCUUCGAGAUACUCUGUGCUCGUCCGGCUCUAAACCCGACCCUUGCCAAGGAACAAGUGAGUCUAGCCGAGUGGGCGGCUCACUGCUACAGAAAAGGCAAUCUUGACCAGAUUGUGGAUCCUUACCUCAAGGGCAAGAUAGCCUUUGAAUGCUUCAAGAAGUUUGCCGAGACUGCGAUGAAGUGUGUGGCCGACCAAGGUAUCGAGCGGCCGUCCAUGGGCGAUGUCUUGUGGAACCUCGAGUUUGCUUUGCAGCUGCAAGAAAGUGCCGAGGAGAGUGGCAAGGGCUUCGCUGGAAUACUCAACGAGGAGGAGCCGCUAUGCGCGGAUCCUAAAGGGAAGAAGGACUCUGAUGCAUUGCCAAUGUAUGAUGGCAAUACUGAUUCAAGAAGCAGUGGCAUGAGCAUGAGUAUUGGUGGUAGAAGCUUAGCAAGUGAAGACUCUGAUGGAUUAACACCAAGUGCUGUUUUCUCUCAGAUCAUGAAUCCAAAGGGUCGUUAAGUCCAAUUCAAGAAACUGAAAUUGAAGUUUAAAUUCCACUCACAAAAAACUACUCAAGUUUAGUAGUCUUAAUGUGUUGCUUUCUCAUCUUUUAAUUACACAAUGAGUUCAAAUUUGAAGGGUUUUUUUUUU